UGAUGCUAUGACUAUGAAGUGAACAAAGUGAAGACAUCAUUUCACCAACUGUUAAGAUGGAGGACACAUCUCUACUGUGGCUACUCUUUCUGACCUCACUGCUGAGCAGCACAACAAACCAAGCCUCUCUGACUGUGAGUCCCAGCAGAUCUCAGAUGUUUAAAGAUGAAUCUGUCUCUCUGAGCUGUGAGGAGGACGACAGCUCUGCUGGAUGGACUCUGAGGAGGAACACGACCAGAGAAACCAGGACUCAGUGUGGUGUAUGGUGGGGAAGAUCUGCUGGUUCUUCCUGUAUCAUCAGCUACAUGGUCCCAGGGGACACUGGAGUUUACUGGUGUGAGUCCAGAGAGGGAGCAACCAGUAACAGCAUCACCAUCACUGUCCCUGGUGGACCAGUGAUCCUGCAGAGUCCUGUCCUCCCUGUGAUGGAGGGAGAAGACCUCACUCUGACCUGUAGAACAAAGAUGUCCUCCAACCUCCCAGCUGGUUUCUAUAAAGAUGGCUCCUUCAUCAGGACUGAGCCUGCAGGUCACAUGACCAUCCACCAUGUUAACAGGUCUGAUGAAGGCCUCUACAAGUGCAACAUCAACAGUGUUGAAGAGUCUCCACCCAGCUGGGUCUCUGUCACAGCCGAUUCUCUCUACAGAGAAACCUACUACCAUAAGCCUCCCACGAGCUCCACAACCUCUGCAUCCACACCCCUGAUACAACCUCAGCCCGCCCCUGACCUCAGUGGUCAGACUGGUCUGCCACCUGGUGGUGUUCUGUCCGGUACUGCAUCUCCAGCUUUCAUCAUGGUGUCUCUAUAUCGACGCAGGGCCACAG